AAAUCAGCUGUUGAUGCGGAGGCGUUCUCCUUUUUCUAAUUGCAAGUGCAAACAAUUGGCCAGUUGUUGAUUCUAAGCAGGACUUUUCUUUCGUGACCAGUGCUCCGCAAGACAUUCCCAGCCAUGUUGUCCAUCGGCGCCAUGGCCAACAUCAAGCACACGCUGCAGAAGGAGCUCUUCCUGGCCGCCGGCGAGCGCCUCCUUUCCGUGGUGACGGUGGUCAAGAAGAAGGACAAGAAGCCCUGCUACCUGUGCGUGGUCACCACGGCGCCACCAGUGCCCGUAAUCACGCUGUGCCUCAUCAAGCAGUCGGAGCAGCGCGAGGGCGAGUACAAGCGCAAGCGGAGCUGGCAGCUGGACGAGAUCAAGUGGGUGGACGGCCGGAACGAGCAGUUCGAGACGCACGAGUUUGAUUUGCAGUUGGAGAAGCUGUACAAGUGGUACGCCCUCAAUCCGCACGAGCGCCAGAACUUCCUGGCCGUGCUUAACCGCCAGAUCCAGAAGAGUGUGCGUGGCCAGAGGGCAGAGUUUCGGAAUGUGCCCGCUGCCUGGCUGGCGGAGAAGUCACCUGAGAAGGUGGCUCUGGGCAGGGCGACGCAAAAGACGCAGCACACCGACGACGAGGAGGACGAGGAAGAGGAAGCCCAGGAGUUCACCGCCCUGACGGACAAGGAGGCCAACGAGCUGGGCAAACUCUUCUCCGAGUGCGACUUUGCCAUCAAGGAUGCAGAGCAGUUCAUAGAGCAGUUGUCCCGGGAGCUGCACGAUCUGGAUGGGGCCAAUAUGCAAAGUGUUCUGGCCUCGGAGCAAAAGGUGCUGAAAAUGAUGGAGCACAUCGACAACGCCAUCUCCGAAGCGGACAAGUUCGAGAACCGCCUGGACAGCUACGAGGAUAUCCUGGGGCACGUAAAGGAAACCAUGGAGAAGAUUGGCGGCAAAAAUGCCAUGAUCGAGAUCGCCAACAACAACAAUAUCAAGCUGAUGAAGGAACUCAACAAAGUUAUAAGCCAACUGGACUUGCCGCACAGCCAGCAGCAGGCUCUGGAUGAACCCGACCUAAAGACCGCUAAUGGACGCAAAGCGGCCAUUGCAGCUGCUCAAUGUCUGCAGCAGGCCAUGAACAGCGAUAUAGAUCCCGCACUGCUUCGGUUGGAGGCAGUCCAGGAUCAGCGCAAGCGCUUUGAAAAGUGGAAACAAAAGUUCUCCGCCACUGUCAGUCGGUUUAUGAAUAACCUGUUCAUCCACCUGGGCAACGAAAUAGGGGACAUGCCGGUUACCAGCACCGAACUUACGCUGCCUAAUCAUUCCAACGUUCAUCGGGAGCUGACGCCCUAUACGGAGCUGAUGCACUGGACCAAAGCCAUGGAUCGGAAGACCUACGAUGGCCUGAUGCGAGUCUACACGGCAUCGCUGAGCAAGAUCUAUGACAGGGAUGUGAGGAACUUCUUCAAUUUGGCUAAAAUUCAGGUGACGGAGAAGCUUCGAAAUUCUCGGGAGGAUCUGGACAUGUCCACGUCUUCAAGGAAGUCGGCUGUGUCGACAAUACCCUACGGUACUUUGGGAAUCAAUAGAGAUCAGUGGGGACCCGGCGUGGAGAGUGCCGAUCGAAUUCGUUUCGAUGCCCUGCUGGAAAAGGUUCUAGCUGAGCUGGAACCUAUUGCCCUGCAGGAGCAGCUGUUCUGCAUUAAUUUUUUUCAAAUGGACGUUAUCAGUCCAACGACAAAGAACACGCAGACCACUUUGGAGAUGGAGAAAACGGUGGACAUGUCGCAGUCAGUCAUAUCGGGAGCUGUCUCGCCAUCAGCUGAAGGAGUGCCACAGAAGCGGAUAGACCGUCAGAUUAACGAGGAUGUGCGGAAGUUGAUGAUGGGGCUUUUCGGUUGUCUAGAACCCGAGCUGGUCAGCUUUAUCCAGAGCUUUGAGCGUGUGGACAGUUUCUACUCUCUAUACGUCUUCGUGCGACUCACCCAGCACGUCAUGUCCGCCCAGGACACACAUUCCUUUCUCAGCAUGACCUUCGCCUCUGCCUUGGUGCAGGUGAAGCGCAGCUUUGACCGCUUUAUGCACAACCAACUGCAGUCCAUAAAGGAGGCCAAGCUGCAUAAGCGCUCAAAGGCCAUCCUGCCGUACGUGGAGAACUUCGAGAAUUUUGCACAAACGGCAGAGGGCAUCUUCCGCAAGUCAGAUCGUCGCACGGAUAUGGAGAAGUGGUACUUGCAGCUGGUGAAUGCCAUCUUUGAGGGAAUCCAUCUUCAUUCGCAGGAGCAUCCCAAGACACCUGUGCAAGUGGUGCGCAUGGAGAACUACCACCAUAUGUAUGCCUUGUUAGCCCAGCUAAAGGUUCCUGGACUGGAUGCCCUAAAAAAAGAGGCCAAGAAGUGUUACAACGAUGCGCUAAAAGCGUAUGUGACUCAGUACUUCGGCCGGCCGUUGGAGAAACUGAAUCAAUUCUUUGAGGGAGUGCAACUGAAAGUGACUCAGGGAGUCAAGGAAACGGAAAUCAGCUACCAGAUGGCCUUCUCCAAACAGGAGCUUCGCAAGGUGAUCGCCCAGUAUCCGGCGCGCGAGGUGAAGAAAGGCCUGGAGAAUCUCUACAAGAAGGUAGAGAAGCACCUGAGCGAGGAGGAGAACCUGCUGCAGGUGGUGUGGCACGCCAUGCAGGAGGAGUUCAUUGCCCAGUACAACUACCUGGAGGAGCGCAUCCAGAAGUGCUAUGCUGGCGCCAUGAUCAACCUUGAGUUCAACAUCCAGGACAUACUCGCCUUCUUCUCGGACAUAGCGCGGUCCCACUGAUCGAGGGAUUCCUGUCCGAAAAUCUGGGAGCGUUUAAAUCGGGUUUUAUUUUUAAGUGCAAUAGUAUUUAAAGCGCUGUUUCUGCUGAUUGGAAAAUAUAUGGCGCGCAUAUUUAAACAGA